GUUUGAUGGUCGCGACGCCACAGAAGAUGCGAGUCUCAACUUCAAGCUUCAGCCUCUUCAGGCGCCGUGGCUUGGCUCAACUCAAGAAUCCACUGUUACUGAAAUGCAGUUGACGCUUUUCCGGGGGAUAGUGCUGGGUCAUUUUGGUAUAUAAGGAGGAAGAUGCACUUCUCGUUCUUCGUCGUCGCUGCCAUUGCUCUCGGUCAAACUCUCGCCAGUCCUACUGAGCUCGUCGACAGGACCUUGCCUGAAAUCGUCAGCUGCUACAACACUGGGACUAAAUCUGACCGCGCGCCAUUCGUGGCUGCAAUUGAUCAGUGGUGCGCAAAGGUCAUCGGAACGCACCUUAACAAUGGUCAAGAAGUCAGCACCGUCUUCGAAUUCGGGGAUGUGGAUUAUUGGCUCUCUGCUAAAGCGAUCAAUGGGUGCUCCUUCACCAUUGACGGAAAUUGUAAUCGUCUCCUUCGUCUCCCGGUCGACAAGUGCAACACCGGUGGUGUCAAUGGUAAACAGGGUGGUGUUAUGACCGACCCUUGCGGACAAUGGACUGCUGAUCCUGGACGUAACGGUAAUCCUUUCUGAUAUCAAAGGAAUAGGUAUCACGCAGAUGGGCCGCCGCCAACCUGAGGUUUCGUCCAGAUUUCUGGGUUCUGCAAUUUUUCCUUUUCUUUCCCUAUUUAUAUAAAUACAAAACCCCCAAAAAAAUACGUUUUCGUAGCCUGUGCAGUCUUGUUGAA